AACGAUYACAACAAGAUGCYGUAACAUUAAAAAAUAUGUAAAAAAUCACUGAAAAAACAGCUAAAUCAUGCCUACUGCAACUCAAUCAGCUCCUGGGAGUGAAAGGUUCUCAAGUAUUAACUUUUUCCUGCAACCGGUUCGCGAUYUAGCGAAAAAUUGGGAUAUCCAAGUUGCUCCUUUGCUUGAAGAAUAUUUGAUCGAGCUCGAUAAGAUCCAGAUCUCUUUUGAUGGAGGCUCGACUACGAUGAACUUUGCCGAGGCAGCGCUGUUGAUACAAGGGUCCGCUUGUGUUUAUAGUAAAAAGGUUGAAUAUCUUUAUGACUUGGUUUAUCGAACAUUAGAUUUGAUAUCCAGCAAGAAGCGUCUCCAACAAGCAUCUUCAGUAGACAAUCAAGGGAAUGACAAAGAUAUCACACGUGAACAAGAAGAAGAGUUUCUAUCUCUUGAUGACCUACAAGAAUGUAAAAAUAUUGAUCUAAAAGAAGAAGAUGAAGUGACUGCCAGUGAGGGUUCAAGAAUAAUCCCAAGAACACCUCUUGCAUUGAUACCUAUUGGGGAGAGAGACAARAAGGAUGUUUUGUUGAGCCACACUGGAGAGGUUCUUGGAAGCAGAAAUGAUUUCAAGAUGAACACAUGUACAGUACAUGCUUCAGGCGCUUUGUUGCUUGACCUUGGGAACCUUAUGUUGGCGGAAACAUCAUUUAGACGGCUGCCAACAUCAACUCCUCAAACUUGCUUUGAUGCACAAGGAACUGCUUUGCAAUCUGUCAGAGAGCCAUACAGACCAUCUGAACCCUUACAACCAAAACAAGAAAUCGAUGAAGCAGAAGUUGAUAUGCCUAACGAACUUAACGAUGACAACCAUGGUUAUAACGAUGAUAAUCAUGAUGACUAUGAUGACAAUGACAUGUAUGAUGAUAACGAUGUCGAUGCCAAUCAGCAGGAGGAUGUGCCAGAGGAGGAAGAACARGAGAGAAUGCAGUUGAGGAGAAGAGAUAAACAACAACAACUACAGAUGCACAAACAAAUGCUAAAGGUAAAAGAUUCCUGGGAAUUUCUCGACCCCCAUAGUCCUGGAAGAACAGGCGAUAAGCCAUUCAAGAAAGGAAAACCAUUCAAAAUUCCACCUUCAAUAAUGGAACCAAAGAGUGAUAACAAAAAGAAACGUAAACGAAAUGAAACAAAGCCCAAGAAAUCGUACCUWAUGCCGUUACACGAAUUCUGUACACAGGCUUUUUAUUCUCAUUCUUCUAAAUUCCCAAAGAACCCUCUCAAGGCACCUAUAUACAAAGAGUUUGAGUACCUUUAUUGGGUUGAGUUCAGAAGACGUCAAGAAAUAGAAAAGAAACAGAAGAAAUUACUUUCUCAGUACUUGAGUGAAGAGGACAUCAAUGACUUAGAGUCAGUUGUUCCUGAUUUCAAAGAGGAACCAGAAGAACAAGAUGACGUACAAAAUUAUGCUCCAGAAAAUGAUGAUAAUUAUGAUGAUGAUGACAAUGAUUUUGGUGGUAAUGAUGACAAUGAACCUAUUGCUCCUAUAGCCCUUGAGGAACCCCCUGAGGAAUUGGUGGUUUCAAGCUAUGAAGAUCUUGUUAGGCGCUAUGUUGAUGGCUAUUUACAAGAAGCACAGCAAUAUGCACAGCAAACAGAUCUCGGUAGAAGAGUUCAAGAAUGGGAGAAGAAGAUUUUACCAACUCUACAAGAAGAAGAGCUACACAGGCCGUACGAUAUACAUCAAUAUGGCUCGGAAAUCCUAGGGUUAUUUGAAGAAAAGCAAGAUACCACCUUUGACACAAUGAUGAAUGAGAAGGAUUYAUUUGAAGUGUGCCGGUACUUCCUAGCAACACUACAGUUGGCCAAUAAUUACAAUGUAGAAAUAGGAGCCAUCAAACAAGGUGUCAAUGAGGAUACAAUGAACUUAAAACUACUGCACAAGACUCCAGCUCAUGAAGCUAUACAAACAUACAGAGCACCAUCCAUACUAACGUGAUAUACACCACUCAUUGUAAGCACUUAAUUGAUUGAAGUUCUCCUCACAUAUUGAAUCAUGAAACGAUUAAUAGUAACCAAGCGAUGUGCAUUCAUUUUAUCUGUAAAACAUUUAGUAAGAAAUUGCACAACGUUGCAUGAUAGAAGAUAAAUAGUUUUGAUAAUGUUUUCUAUUAAUCUUAACAACACUAUAUAUUGCUAUUUUGCUGUAUUUGGUCAGUACUGCUUCACAGUUUUUAUGUUUGCACUCUUGUAAGUUCACUGUAGUGUAUAAAUUUUAGUUUUCAGCAAACUUAUUUUAUACUCAAUAAUUUAUUAAUAUACUAAUAAUUUAUUAAUACGGUAUUAAUGAAGUAUAUGCAAGGUGUUUGCAAGGUGUACUGGAUAAAAGAAAAAAAUCACAAUAAAGAUAUUUAAUCAUAAAA